AUGUCUUUCGAUGAAAAGUUUCAAGCCGGCGAGGCGUAUGGGGAUUCAAAGGGCUCUUCUCCCGACCUCGGUGACCCUGUCAAGCUCGCCACGGCCAUUCUGAAGGAUUAUUCUGGAGUUCGCAGCCGGAUAUCUGUGACUGAGCUUGUCAGUGUGAUCAAGACUAUGCUCUUCGACAAGGGUAAGCCCCUUGAUGACAAGAACGGAACCGCCGAGCUCCUAAUUGAUAUUCUUACCUGUCUCCCAUCUGAGUCAAAGGUCAGGACGCAGCUCACCAACAAGUUCAUUGACACGCUCUGGGAUGUCCUGCAACACCCGCCUCUGAGCUACGUCGGUGGCAAUGUCCAAUAUGACGUGCUCAACUCGGACGGCUCCUAUAGUGGAGCCAAGGCCAAGGACUACAAUACAAUUGAAUUCAAGGUCCCCGGCACCAAUGUGACAUUGCGGGAGAGGGUCCCUCAGGCACCCGACGGCAUGCACCAAUACCGCAUGCCUGAUGGGAGCUUCAACAACAUCCUCGAACCCAACUUGGGAAGGGCCGGCACGCCCUAUGCCAAGUCGGUUUCGAGCUCCAAGGCUCUCCAUGGCGUCAAGCCAGAUGCGAGCCUCCUCUUUGACCUUCUCAUGGCUCGGGACGACAAGAACUUCAAGGAGAACCCCGCUGGUAUUUCAGCCAUGCUCUUUUACCACGCAUCCAUUAUCAUUCACGACAUUUUCCGGACGAACCGUACAGACAUGAGCAAAUCCGACACUUCAUCCUAUCUCGACUUGGCUCCUCUGUAUGGAUCAUCCCUCAAGGACCAGCUGGAGAUUAGGGCGAUGAAAGAGGGCCGAUUGAAGCCCGACACAUUCCACGAGAAGCGCCUCCUCGGGCAGCCUGCGGGUGUGAACGUCAUGCUGGUCCUUUACAGCAGAUUCCACAACUACGUCUGUGACAUCUUGCUCAAGAUUAACGAGGGCGGUCGCUUCACCCUGGCAUGUGGUCCUGAUGCUAGUGAAGAGGACAGGGCUCGUGCCAUCGCCAAACAGGACCAUGACCUAUUUAACACCGCUCGUCUCAUUGUCGGUGGUCUGUAUAUCAACAUUUGUCUACACGACUACCUCAGAGCCAUCACAAACACACAUUCCACCAACAGUGAUUGGACUCUGGACCCUCGUGUCGAGAUUGGCAAGCAGUUCGACGGUCAGGGCACUCCACGCGGCAUUGGUAACCAAGUCAGCGUUGAGUUCAAUCUCCUAUACCGAUUCCAUUCGUGCAUCUCUAAAAAGGAUGAGCGUUGGAUCAACAACUUCUUCCUCAAGCUAUUUCCUGACCGCAAAGCGGAAGAUCUCGCCCAAGUCGGUAUGGCUGAGCUGGGCAUCGCCCUGCAAGAAUUCGAGAGGAGCAUUCCCAAGGAUCCCAGUGAGCGAACGUUCGACGGCCUGAAGCGCCAGGCGGACGGCAAGUUCAGAGACGAGGACCUCGUACGCAUUCUGAAGGAAGCCAUGGACGAUCCCGCAGGCGUGUUCGGUUCCCGCACAAUCCCCAAGGCACUCAAGAUCGUAGAGGUCCUGGCCAUCAACCAAGCACGCAGGUGGCAAGUUGCGUCUCUGAAUGAAUUCCGCGAGUUCUUUGGACUCAAGCGACAUGAGAAAUUUACCGAUGUCAACUCCAACCCCGAGAUUGCUGACCUCCUGGAAAAGUUGUACACCGAUCCGGAUAUGGUCGAGCUUUAUCCCGGUCUCAUGAUUGAGGACUUCAAGCCCGUGCGCGCCGCUGGCAGUGGAAUAUGUCCUACCUACUCUCUUGGCCGCGCAGUGCUCUCUGAUGCCAUCACACUGGUGCGCUCCGAUCGGUUUAACACGAUUGACUUCAACGUCGCCAAUCUGACCGCCUGGGGUUUCAACGAAGUCAAGCAGGACAAGAAGACCCUCGGUGGAUCGAUGCUCUACAAGCUCAUCCAGCGCGGUGUUCCAGGCUGGUUCCCGUUCAACUCCGCGGCAGUUAUGCAGCCCAUGUACACGAAGAAGGCCAACGCAGAAAUUGCCAAGAAGCUUGGUACCUUUGACCAGUUCACCCUUGAUGACCCCAAGCCCCCUGCGAAGCCUGUCGUCAUCGCCUCCAGCGCCGCUAUCAAGAAGGCGUUGGCAGAUAACAAGGCAUUUGUGGUGCCGUGGCUUCAGCCAUUCAAUUUCCUCUUCCCUGGGAAGAAGGACUACAGCUGGUACAUGCUCGCCGGGGACAAGCCGGAGAACUACGCCCACCGCACCACUUUGGUGAAGGCGCUCCAGAAGAUCCCGAACCUUCAAACUACUGUACAGGAAUUCAUUGAACGCGUGGGCUCGCAACUUAUUGACAAAGAGGGCUUCAAACUCGCCGAGGGCCUUAGCCAGGUCGACAUCAUUCGAGACGUGGCUAUUCCUCUUAACACACAAUUGCUUGCGGACUUGUUCUACCUUGAUUUGCGUACCGAUGAGAACCCUGAUGGCAAGCUGAGCACGGCCGAGCUGUACAAACACCUACUAAACGUCCGAAUCUGGGGUGCUAAUAACACCGAUCCCGCCGAGGCCUGGGGCCGUCGCCGACGAGCUCAAGAGGGAGCCAAGAUCCUCACCGACACGACACGCAAGCUCGUGAAUGAGGUAUCUGCCAGCCGCGGUCUCGGUCUCGGUGUCGUAUCUGCACUGUCCAAUGUCGUCGGUCCCAAGUCCUAUCUCAAGAAGAACUCUCUGCGUUCGUGUGGCUUGAAGCUUGUCGAAACCUUGUUGGCGCAGGGCGAGUCGGCGGACAGGAUUACCGACACUAUGUGGCUCAAUGCGUUUGGAGCUGUCGGUGUGGCAGUGACAACAUUUUACGAAAUCCUAGCAUACUUCCUCAAAGAGGAAAACGCUGCUAUUUGGGCCCAAGUGCAGACUCUCGCGCAGAAGGGCGACAUGCCUGCAAUCCAGGCAUACGUCCUCGAAGCUCAACGGUUGUCAAGCUCCCAACGCAUCAUGCGUGUUGCGACGCAGCCGGCCGAACUUGAGGGCAAGUCAAUUAAGCCCGGCGAUUCCGUCGUGAUGCUACUUGGCGAGGCCGGACGCAACCCGACCGAGAUCGCCAAUGCCGCCAAGUUCGAUCCCCACCGCAAGGCGGAGCCUAUCACGGCCUUUGGAUACGGCCAACAUAGGUGCUUCGGAAAGGACAUCGCCCUUGCUUUCAUCACGGGACUUAUCAAGCUCGUCGCCGAUCUCAAGAAUUUGCGUCCUGCGCAGGGUCAGAUGGGCCUAGUAAAGACGAUCCAAGUUGGAACUGAGAAGGUUUAUCUGAACGAUAGCUGGUCUUACCUCACGUAUUAUGCAAGCACGUGGAAGCUUCACUAUUCUGGUCGUGGAAAGGGUAACUUUGAGGGUGACAGGGCUCCCAACAAUCCCAUUGAUAUGCAGCAGUACUACUACCUCCUCCAGAAGCGAAAGACUGGCGGGUUCCUUGGUUAA